GAUGUAAACAUGGAAUAAAAACCGCAAGGCAGCAUUUCCAUUUCCCGUCGCACACUGGUCCAUUAUUGGCUUUCAGUACUUCAUGAGGUGGUGACUAACAACACCGCGUCUGUCUGGACACAGAUAGACACACACUAAGAGAGAUAUUGAAGCCAAGAGUGGAUGAGAGGGAAGAGGAGUUGAACAUUGUUUCAUCCUCGCUUCGGGGUUUUCUGGAGUUGUUCGCUGGUUUUGGACCGAACCCGAUCCACUGAGGUCAUGAUGUUGGGUUUCUCAAGCUGAACAAGCCGAUUAGUGGAGAUUUUUUUUCCUUAUUUUUUUUUCCUCUUUUUGGACUCGGGGAUGACAAAGGGGGAACCACGCUAAUAUGUUGCAUUUUUGAGGUAGACACAUCUCAAUGGGUGAGGUCCACUGAUUCAGUAAUCCCUACACAACCCCUCCACCUCUCACCCCAGCCCUCCUCUCUUCCCCUAAACGUUGGCCGCCUUCACUUCAGUCAACAUGGCUUCCACAAGCCGGCUGCUGGGUUUGGCUGAGGUGGGGCUGAGGUGUGACCAGGAGAUUGAAAGGAGGUAUGAGAUUGUGCCCUCAGUGGUUUGCUCCAUGUGCUGCCUCUUUGGGAUCAUCUACUGCUUCUUUGGUUAUCGAUGCUUCAAGGCCGUGUUGUUCCUCACAGGCCUCAUGUUUGGCUCUGUGGUCAUCUUCAUGCUGUGCUACAAGGAGAGGGUGAUGGACACUCAGCUGAGCGUAGAGGCAUCAGUCGGCAUCGGCCUGGGCAUCGGGACCUUGUGUGGCCUGGUGACCAUGUUGGUUCGCAGUGUAGGACUGUUUAUGGUGGGCCUGCUGCUGGGACUGCUGGUUGGAGUGGCUUCACUGGUGGUCAUGGAGGAGUUUUACCACCCCAGAACAGUGUGGGUUCCUCUGGGUAUUCUUCUGGGUUCUGGGACCCUGUUUGCCGUCCUCACUCUUCAGUGGCAGCGCUGCUUUGUCACCCUAUCUACCGCCACCUUCGGCUCUGCCAUCAUCACCGUCACUGUGGAUUACUUUAUAGAGCUGUUUGCUUUGGUGCACUACGUCUAUGAGAGACUCAAGGUGGCACCAAAGAAGCCAGUCUGCUGGUUCACGUGGGUCAUCAUGGGGGUGUGGCCUGUCCUGGCCUUGCUCGGUGUGCUGAUACAAUGGAAAGUCACUGCAGAGGGAUUUUCUCACACAGAGGUGGUUUUGAGUCGACAACAAAGAAGGGUCCAGCUCAUGCGUAUCCGGCAGCGGGAAGAAAGGCUGAAAAAGGAGAAGGAGAACAAGAAGAAGAAAAAACGACAGAACCAGAAGACCAACCACAAGCAGAAGCCCCACACCCAUCAUCACCACCACCAGCAGUACCAUCACCCAGGCAUGUCCCACCCUCAUCACCAAGCUCAGAGCUCUCAGCCACCUAAAGUCCCUCCUCCUCAGACUGAACCUGGCUACCACCGCAAGGCCAACCCUAAGAGACGCUUUGAUGGAGAUGUGCUGUCACCGAGCUACAUUAGGAGUUUCAGGGACAGACAGACGGACAGACGAGCAUACUCCCACAGUCGAAUGAUGAGCCGCUCCCGGAUGGCCGAGCUCGACUAUGACUGCGGCUCGCAAGUGCCCCUCACGGCCCCCAGCGGACCCCCAGUGCGCAUCUGAAACAGCAAAAUGCACAGACGCAUAACCCCUCCGCACACACAAUCACACAAGGCUACUUCCUCCUCUUUGCCACAGUCGGGGAUAGAGAAACUCACCUUAGCGUGCCAACCUAAUCAACUGCCUAUUAACCCUACAGGAAGGAGGAGUAUGUCCCAAAGGUGGUAUGACUAAUGGUAUAAGUCCCACACUGGUUUUCCCCCUCUCAGACCUGUUAAAGGUGAUAUUUGUUUGGCCAGUUUGCUCCUGUUUUGUUGUUUUUGAAGGUAAAGACACUGGAACUGGAGCGUGCUGGUAGCCAAAUGGUUACAGCACACAUAGACACAACCUCCCUCAUUUGACUCUGGCUGAGGACCUUUGUUGCAUGUUGUACCCCUUUCUCUCCCCUUGUUUCUUGUCUCCCUGUCACUAUCAACUGUCCAAUAAAGGCAAAAAUUCCCCAAGACAAAUCUUAAAAACAAAGACAGGAACAGAACCUCUUUUUUGGAUGGUGCAAGUACAAACCUCUUCUGUUACUGUACUUAUCUGAGGGACACUGGAAAUGGACUGUCUAUUGCAGAGUUAAUUGAAAUAAUACUGUUGAACAUUUGAUUUAAAUAUUAUUUGGUAGCUUUAAGCCAUAAUAAGUCAUUUCCAGUGUGGAAAAAAAUAAUCAACACUCCCUUUUCCACAAUAGGGCUUUACCAUGUGAGACCAAAAUGCAUCGCUUGGCCUUCACUGAGUCAAGCUAACACCACUGUUAAUAAACCUUCAACAGUUUCUUUACUUUGAAGGUAAUUAAAUGGGGAAACAGUUUGCCUCAAGGAUUCUAUUAAGAGUGCUCAGAGGAAAAUGAAAACAACAUUCUUCAUUGUUUUCUCCUUUGAAGGGUCACUGUGUAAAGCGAGGUGUUCAUUAAGUCAGCUCCGUUAUCUUCACUGACAGCCUGUGAAUCCAGUCCUCUGCUGCUUCAAAAUGCUGAACGGGGACUGGUCUUACCGUAGGUGUGAAAUUCUUCACGUCAGUUUCUUCUCCACACUGAAGAUCACUUUUGUUUAAUUGCACUUAUGAAUACACCAUUGCCUACAUUGUUGCCAUUUUGCAAGGGGAAUAUGUUUACAUCUCAUCAUUUUCCUUGUGUCCUCAAACGCCAACUAUUUUACCAACGGACCUGAGCAGGAGAUACACAUCCAUACCUUCCCUCUUCUUUCCUUUUAAAACAUUUUUGUAAGCUACUGUAUGUAAUUCCAUUUGUUUCUAAGUGCUCUCAUAUCUCUUUUCCGCUUCUUAUCCUAAAAACAACCUACCUUUAAAGAAUUUGUCAGCUGUUUUAGGCACAAAGACAAGUAACUGCUGUCUAAUACUGGUCACCCAAGAAUGUGACUGUCAUGAAAUCUGCUUGAGAGCUAUGAGAGGACACUACAUGAAUAAAUAUACUGUGUGUUUGUGUGUGUGUGUGUGAGUGGACACAUGAGCCCUAUGGCAAGUGGAUGGAUUGUACCAAAUAGUGGCCAAAGUGAGGGGGAUUCAUUUCAAUGUAUGUAAAAGGUAAUGCAAUGUUGUUUUCCUCUUUUUUGCCAAUAUAUUGGUCUGGUUAACAAUGUAAAUCUCUUAGUUUGGCUAAAGUGUUUGAUGACGGUAAGAAGGAGGAUUAAUAUGACUAAGAUGAUCCUCUAUUAAUAAUGAGCUAGAGGGAGAAGAUGAAAGCAUUUGCAAAUGGCGCCCUCUAAUGUUUACUACUGGACAUUUUCUAGACUUCCUGUGUGUGUAUGUUGAUGUGUACAUGCCUUUGCUUUGAAAACUCAAAUGUGACCCUAACAUGGAUAUUGUUGUACUGAACACCCAAAGAACAGCAGGCUUAUUUUUGUUUUUAUGUUAACCUCUUUUGAAUUGAGACACAGAUAUCUUUUUUUUGUUUUUUUGUUUUUUUUACCAUGAACACCUACACAACCACUUCACAGUUUCCAUUUAGAUUGAAUUUUACUGUAAAGAGCCACAAAUGUGAAAUACAGAAGUGAUUUCUCAACAAAGUACCAGUAUAUCCAUUUGGAUAUUGUGCUUUAUGCACUUUUGUAGCUGCUGAGUAUUAGAUAACAGGAUUCUACUGUACGUAAAUACUAAAGUGCUACUAAAUACUCAAGCGGUGCUUGACUCAGCCUCGCAAUUCUUUGUGUGAUGGCACUGGAGGACCGGUCAUUUCUCCUUAAUGCAUGAGAAUCCUUUUGUAACUGUUUUCAAUGUGCCAGUGUGUCACUGUUGUCAUGUGUAAAUCUCUCCGAUUUCCAGCUUAGUUCGUCCCAGAGUUCACAAAACACAUUCCGUAUCGACUGAAUGAAGUCAAAGUUGAGUAAGGACACCAAUCUGAAGUACGAUGUGCUUCAAUAUCAGCAGUUUGCGAAAGGGGAGUAUCAUAAUCUCAUUGUUUUCAGUGACCUCAGUGCACUUUUUCAAUAACACAUUUAUUGUACAACGUCAGUGAAUCUUUCUAAGGACCAACCGUAACCUUCAGCCACAGUGAGUAGGUCCAACUGACUCUUGCUGAGAUCCAAAGUGAAACCAGCAAAGACUCAACUCUUCUCUUCUCUUCUCUUCUCUUCUCUUCUCUUCUCUUCUCUUCUCUUCUCUUCUCUUCUCUUCUCUUCUCUUCUCUUCUUAGCUCUGCUCUCUGUUUACACUGUCCAGGAAAAAGGGCUUUGAAAAGGCAUUUGAAUCAUUUCCCUCUUCCUUAUUGUAGUGUAUUACGCAAAGUCACCUUCUGUUCUGCUGUAUCAGUGUUACUCCAAUAAUCUUUGCAGUUGUGGCUGUUCAAGUGUUAUUUUGGUUUUGCUUACACUUCAGUCCUGUUUUCCGUUCCCUUUUGUAGUUUUACUGUAGUGCAGUUGUAGUAACAUCAAUACUGUUUUUUCGUUAACGAAAAAAAAAUAAAAAAAUGAAGACAAUGUUACUUCUAAA